AUAAAGUUUCCCAAAAGGAAUUGCUUUACUCAAUACCCUACUAUGGUAGAUCUAAAGCUCAGCUUUAACUGUAAGUUCCUCAGCUCAGCUCCUAGUGCUACCACUUUCACUGAGUUUGGACUGUGGGACUGAGAGUACUACUGCAACAAGUACACAUGGCCAUAACCUCCUCUUCACUAUUCCCACUCCUUUUCUUUGCUAGACUCUCAGGACUUGUAGUGGCAUUGCUAGUCCUCUUCUGGGCCCUUGCUUUCAAGUCCAGCUUCCUCCUUCACUCCUCCCAAGAAGACCUCAUCUAUGCAGUUCUUCAUCCUUUACUAAUGGUGAUUGGUUUUAUUCUCAUCAGUGGCGAAGCAAUUCUGGUGCAUAGAUGGUUGCCUGGUUCAAAGAGCUUCAAGAAAUCCGUGCAUCUGUGUCUACAAGGAGUGGCUUUGGCUUCUGGGUUUUUUGGGAUUUGGACGAAGUUUCGUGGGAAUGAUGGAAUUGUGGCUAACUUCUAUAGUCUGCAUUCUUGGAUGGGUUUGAUAUGUGUCUUCCUAUUUGGAGCUCAGUGGUUGAUGGGUUUCCUGAGCUUUUGGCAUAGAGGAGAGGCGCGCACAGUAAGGCUAAGGGUCUUGCCUUGGCACAUUUUCCUUGGUCUCUACACAUAUGGUUUGGCUGUGGCCACAGCAGAAACUGGACUUCUAGAGAAGUUGACAUUCCUACAAACCAAAAGAAAUGUAUCCACACACUCUCCAGAGUCCAUGGUUGUCAAUAGUCUAGGAGUGGGUUUGGCCCUUCUUAGUGGCAUUGUAAUAUUGGCCGCGGUUUCACCAAAGCACAAAACCCUUCAAAAUAAACUCAUGUUCUCAGAUGCUAAGUGCUUGUCAUUUUAACAAAAUUGUUUUGAGUCUUUUGACUUGGCUUUAUAGUGAUAUCCUUAUUGGAUAUGUUUGUAAAUGUUACUUAUUGUUUGUUUUAUAGUAGGGGAAAAAAUAGAGUAGGGGAAAAAAGGGGGAAAUCUUCUUGUGAAUUUUGAGCUGUGUAAUUGCCUUGAUUUUCAUGGAUUCACUUUGAAUAUGUAGUGUUUGUGGUUUCUCAAAAUGCAAAGAAAUAUU